UGCAGCUCCUCUCCACUCCCUCACCUCCUCCCUCCUGUCCGGCGGACGGUAGCGUUAGCCGUAGCGUUAGCCGUAGCGUUAGCCGUAGCGUUAGCCGUAGCGCCGGCUGGACCCCGUUCUUCCAGCUCUGUGGAGAGCAUCGCUGCCGCCACCCCCUCACCCACCCCACCCUCCGGCACCCAAAGGGAGCAAUGAGUCAGAUGGUGGUGAAGGUGGUCACCCUGACGGAGAUCCAGCUGCUAAAGGUACAGACCCACCUGGAGAACUCCAAGUUCCUCCAACACCACCAGCAGCAGCAGCAGCAGCAGCCGCCGCAGGGCCAGCAGGUGAAGCAGUACCUGACGCUGGGUGGCUCCAAGAUGGCCGCCUCCGCCGCCAUGCCCCACCCCCACGCGGCCAACCAGCCAAUGGCGGCCAUGCCAGUCCAGAGGAACGGGCAGCACAUGCUGUCGGCCCCCAGCGACGGCAGUAACCCCAACAGCCCCGUCACCCUGCUCACGCUGGCCAAUCACGACAGCGAGUUUCCAAUGGAUGAAGUUAUCGAUGAUCUGAUUAGCCUUGAAUCCGGUUUCAAUGACGACGGCUUGGAUUGCAUGGAGUCGAACCUCAUGAUGCAAAGCAAUGUGUCGUUGAGUGGCAGCAUGCUUGACCUCUAUGGCGGCGAACAAGAGGGCGGUCCUAGGGUGACGGCCAAGGAGCGCCAGAAGAAAGACAACCAUAAUUUAAUUGAGCGCAGACGACGUUACAACAUCAACUACAGGAUCAAGGAGCUGGGCACGCUCAUACCAAAGUCAAACGACCCGGACAUGCGGUGGAACAAAGGCACCAUCCUGAAGGCCUCCGUGGAGUACAUCAAGUGGCUACAGAAGGAGCAGCAUCACGCCCGGGAGCUGGACGGCCGGCAGAAGAAGAUGGAGCAGGCCAACCGCAGACUGCUGCUCAGGAUCCAGGAGCUGGAGCUCCAGGCACGAGCCAACGGCCUGGGCAACAUGUCUGCCGGCAUGGCCACGGUAGAGCUCUCCUCCCUCCUCCUCAAGCAACAACAGCAACAACAACAACAACAGCAACAACAACAACAACCACCUCCACCCCACUACCAGGACGACAUGAACGCCGACUACCUCCAGCACGGCCUCGCCAGCCUGGGCGCCAUGCCCCUCUCCUCCUCCUCCUCCUCCUCCUCUUCCUCCUCGGCGGUCGUCAACGGCGACGGGACCGCCACCUCCUUCUCCGACCCGCUCUCGCACUUCACCGACUUCUUCGGCGCCACCCUCAAGGAGGAAGAGCACCAGCGGCUGGACGAGAUCCUGAUGGACGACGCGCUGUCGCCGUUCGGCGCCGACCCCCUGCUGUCCUCCCGCUCACCCGCCGCCGGCCACGCCCCCUCCGGCCACGCCCACGACGGCCCCGCCCACGACGGCUCAGACGACGGCAGCCGGCGGAGCAGCUUCAGCUCGGCCGAGGGCGACGAGGACCUAUAAGGGGCCACCCCCCACCUCCCCUUUUCAUGACCUUUGACCGAGCCGAACCCCGUACGAUUCCCAAACCAGAUGCAUUAUGGGACGCCGUUUGGCUCCGGCUGCAAUGUUUUUGACGCUUUUGAAUGG